UCCCCCUGAAUUCUGGAAAAAAUGCUCAAAUUCAACUCAUCUACUCGUCAUCUUCACACUAAACCUAACCAAUUUCGUCUUAUUAAAUCACAUUUGACAAACCACAAUUAUGACUUCUUCGUCUACCCCACAAUUACUUACUGUUUGGUUUCUUUUCUAUUCUAUUCAAAAUCUUGGUUGGUUUUGAACCGUCAAACCAGAAUACAAAGUCGUCAAUCAUUCAUUCAUCGCAGAGAUGGAGAGAUUCUAAAAUUGUCAACUUUCGAGGGCUGAACUGAAUUUUGAUUCGAGUGUUGCGGUGAUGGCUAGCAGCAGCAAAGAGGCGGCGCUCAGGCUGAGAGCCGCGGCCGAAGCUGCGAUACAGUCGAUUGGGUUGGGGUACGACAUGGUAGACGACUUGAGGCUCAAGUACUGUAAGAGGAAUUCUUCCAUGGACAAGGACUCGCGGCUGAUAGUCAUCGACGAUGAUCAGGUGCGAGACAUCGCUAUCCCCGGGGGUAUUCUCGUCCAAAAUGUUCCCAAGUCCAUUAACUGUGAUAAAGGCGAGCGCAUGCGGUUUAGCUCCGAUGUUCUGCCCUUCCAACAGAUGUCAGAACAAUUUAACCAGGAACUAGGCCUCUCUGGAAAGAUUCCAACUGGCCAUUUCAAUGCUGCUUUUGAGUUCACUGGUUGCUGGCAGAAAGAUGCUGCGUACACAAAAGCUCUUGCUUUUGAUGGGGUCUUCAUUUCCCUCUACAGCAUUGCACUCGAGAAGUCUCAGGUGGCUUUAUGUGAUCAUGUCAAACAAGCUGUUCCAUCAUCAUGGGAACCUGCAGCUUUGGCAAACUUUAUUGAGAAAUAUGGUACCCAUGUCAUUGUUGGUGUGAAGAUGGGGGGAAAGGAUGUGAUCUAUUUGAAGCAGCAAUAUUCAUCACCACUUCAGCCGGCUGAUGUACAGAAAAGAUUAAAGGAUGUGGCAGACAAGAGAUUCAGUGAGGCAACUGGACAGUCGAACUCCUAUUCAGGAAAAGAUUAUAAUGAUCAAAUGGUCGAGAACAAUGAACAGGGGUUGGCCUUCAUGGAUUCCAAUUCAUCAACUGUUCAUUUUCACAAAGAGGACAUUACUUUCCUUUGGAGGAGGAGAGGUGGAAAUGGGAGUAGGACUACACCUCAUAUAAAAUGGUGCAAAACUGUACCGCUUGAGCCUGAUGUGAUUUCGAUGUCCUUCAUUCCAAUAUCAUCAUUGUUGAAUGGAAUUGAUGGCAGUGGAUUUUUGAGUCAUGCUAUUAACUUAUAUCUACGUUAUAAACCACCCAUUGAAGAGCUUUAUCAAUUUUUGGAGUUUCAACUCCCAAGGCAAUGGGCUCCAGUAUUUGGUGAACUUCCCCUUGGUCCAGACCGGAAGCAGCAUAGUGGUGCAUCUUUGCAGUUCAGUUUAAUGGGUCCUAAACUCUAUGUUAAUACAAAUCCGGUUGAUGUUGGUGAUAAACCAGUGACUGGGCUUCGACUGUAUUUGGAGGGGAAAAGAAGCAAUUGCUUAGCAAUUCACUUGCAGCACCUUUCUUCCUUACCCAAGAGCUUUCAGCUUCAAGAUGAAUUGCAUGGUGAUUCCAGCAAUUCGUAUGAUCGCAGAUAUUAUGAGAAAGUUCAGUGGAAGAGCUUCUCCCAUGUGUGCACUGCCCCUGUUGAAUCUGAGGACGACUACUCCAUAGCUACUGGUGCCCAUUUUGAAGUUAGUGAAUCUGGCAUGAAGAAUGUUCUGUUUUUACGCCUCCAUUUUUCCAAAGUCAUUGGUGCCACCAUCGUGAAGAAACCUGAGUGGGAUGGUUCCCCCGCUCUCUCUCAAAAGUCUGGAAUUAUCUCAACAAUCAGCUCACGCUUUUCCUCAGCUGAGAAACCUCCUCCGAGGCCAUCAGAUGUUCACAUAAACUCUGCACUGUAUCCAGAAGGCCCUCCAGCACCUGCUCAAACACGCAAGCUUUUGAGGUUUGUUGACACCACAGAGAUGACAAGAGGACCGCAGGACCAACCUGGCUACUGGGUGGUUUCUGGGGCAAGACUUGUAGUCGACAAAGGUAAGGUCUCUGUCCGCGUUAAGUAUUCCCUCUUAGCUGUGAUACCGACAGACGAAGAGGCCUCAUUCCAAGAGUAGCUUGGCAUAAACAGCCCAAUGACUACCCCUAAAUUUGGUCACAGUAACAAAGAGGAUUUAUAUUUGUUGGUGAUGCAUUUUUAUGUGAGUGCUUUUUUUAGUUUGCAACUUCUGAAUGAUCUUCUGUUUGGGAGCUAUGAUGUUGUAGUGCUAAGUAGGAUUUUCUCAACUAGAUUAUGUUUCUUGUAUAUAGACCCUCCUCAAAGAUAACUUUUUUCUUUAUUAUUUAUUUAUUUAUUUAUUUAACCAAGAAUAGUAGAA